AUGCUCGAAAGGGCCCACUCUACGCGGCGGUCGCCGCACGCCAUCGAGGGCGUCGGGCCAGCGGAAGACGGCGGCGGCGAAGACGGCGACGAGUCCAAGAUGCGGAAGCAAAUGCCCGCGGUCGUGCGGAUCGCCAAUUACUUGACCCGAACCGGAUAUCUGUGGCCCAUCCUUCUAAUCGGGCUGAUCGUCGUUGCCAUCGCGACUGUAAUUAUCCACUCUCGAGAUUUGGUCUGCAUCUCGGCCUCGUCCGCCGAUCACGUAUCGAGGUUAAAGUUCUUUGGGUUUGAUGAGCUGGAAUCGGAUUUCGGAUCCCUUGGUGUUCCCUGGUGCAGAUCGAAACACGGUAAAACUGUGGAAUGGACGUCAAAGGAUUUGCUCAGAGGUCUUGAGGAGUUUGUGCCUAUAUACGAAACUCGGCCCAUUCAGAACAACAUGUACGGGAUGGGAUUCGACCACAGUUUUGGGCUUUGGUUUAUCACAAGAUGGUUACAGCCGGAGCUGAUGAUUGAGAGUGGUGCUUUUAAAGGUCACUCGACUUGGGUCUUGAGGCAAGCAAUGCCCGAUACACCCAUUGUCUCACUUUCGCCACGUCAUCCAGAGAAAUACCUGAAGAAGGGGCCCGCUUAUGUCGAUGGAAAUUGCACAUACUUCGCUGGGAAGGAUUUUGUCGAUUUUGGUAGCAUGGAUUGGGAAAGGGUGAUGAGAAAACACGGGAUUAAAGACCGUAAUCGGGUUCUUGUCUUCUUUGAUGACCACCAAAAUGAACUAAAAAGAUUAAAGCAAGCUCUGAAAGCAGGUUUCCAUCAUUUAGUUUUUGAGGAUAAUUAUGAUACUGGAACUGGAGACCAUUAUUCGUUCAGGCAAAUUUGUGAUCAAUUUUAUAUAAGAGGUGGCGGACACAGCUGCUUCAAAGACAGUGACGAGGCCAGGAUAAGACAAAGGCGUAGAAAAUUCUGGGAAAAAGCAGUCGACAUAAACGAGCUGUGUGGGCCCCAUGAAGCAUGGUGGGGUGUGAGGGGUCAAAUGCGGGACGACUUUUACCACAGUAACAAACCGAUUAGCUACAGUGAACAUUUUCAGAACAGCAGAUUUGUUGAGUCGGUUCUGGACAUGUACUGGGAGUUACCCCCAGUGGCUGGCCCAUCUCUCACUCAUCAGACGAGAUAUGACCCAGCCCGUGCCCCAAGGCCGAUUAUUGAAGAUGGUAGGUAUGGUUUAUUUCGAAGGCUUGGGUUAUCACAGUUCGAUAUUUCUGUUUUUAACGGGUAUACACAGAUGGUUUAUCUUCAGGUAUCUAAACCGGAAACGUGA